UAUCAUCAAACUCCUACUCUUAUACAUCUUUAAGAUAGGAGAACGUGCUUAAUACUUUAACAGUUUUUAUCACGUGGCUGUCACUUUGAUAUGUAAAUUUUUGUAGCAGUAUUUUCUACAAUAGUUUUGUUUAGUAGAUAAUGCAGAUUUCUUCUAUACCAACUUUAAAUACACCCUAUUUUUAAAAUAAAACCAUCAUUAACAAAUAAAAUUACAAUGAUUAUCGUACUGUUGCUAUAAAUAAUUAUUAAAUACGGAAAAAAAUUUCCUAAUAAUGAAAAUGAAAUGCGUAUAGGAGUGAUAGAAGUCCAUUUAAGUUGGGCUCUUGCCCUGUCUCUCUCGGUUUCUCCUAACUCUCCCGGCUCUCCGUAAUUUCUCUCAAGAUCGAUAGCAAUCAGCUAUUUCUUUUUAACAAUUCUGAGUUAAAAACUAAAUUGGGUAUACCAUAUUACUAUCAUUCUCUGUAUUCCUAAUAUAAGGGCUGCUCAAUUCAAGUGUACCACAAGUGACGUAAAAAUGUCUAAAUAUUUAUGUUCCCUUUAUGGUGUUUAUCGGAUAAUCCUGAUACUCAACAGUUGUCCAAUUAUACGGACGUCCCUUGCAUUCCAUCUGCUCCAUUCAAAUCAUUGCAUAAGGGGAUGCAUCCAUGCUUAAACUAAUCUUUUCUCUUCUCUCCCUACAAGAGUAUCAAUUACAUUGUUAUUAGAGGACACCGAUCGAUACUUCCAUGGAUAAUGUGUUCUAGAUUACAUGAUACUUUCGAGUAGUACCAGUCAACCAGUGUUUAUCAACCCAAUUUUUCAAUCUUAGACUCUACCCCCUUCAUCGCCCCUAUCAUUGGAAAUUUUUUUAUUUGGCUAGAAGUACUCGUAUGAGCUACUUAAAAUCAUGGCUAAUAAAAAUAACAAAAUAUUGUGAAAACUAAACAUUGUACUUGAUUGAAUUUUCAACCCCUCUAAUACAGCAGCUAACAUGUUAAAGUUAAGGAUAAUUAAAAAUGGUAGAAGAAAGGGAAAGGAGAAGAUGUUAAGUUUGAGAUUGGAGCACAGGAAGAGUAAUUUUACGUUUAGCUGAAAAAAAGUAUGUUAUGUGCAAAGAAAGUUAAGGUUGAAAGUCGCUGUAGGUCGUAACACUGGUCGGACAAGAUAGCAUCAAAAGUUCAACUAUGCGUUUAAUUCGAAACCGAACCUCAGCGACCGCAAGUUGGCAAAAUUUGGGGUCGUUAUGGUAGAACGUACUUUAGGGUGAUAUAUAAAGAGGAGUUUAUUUAGCAGCUACAGUUGAAGCUUCGACAUGAAGCCGGUAAGAAAAACGAGGGACUUCAGUAUCGAGAGUAUUUUGGCAGAUAAACGCAUACCCAUUCAAAAUGAUCGCGAGGAGUACCAAGAAUUAUUAAGUGUAAAUGAUGAUUCUUCUGUAAAAAAUUCGAGAAAAUAUUUUGAAGAAGAGUGUACAAUUCGUAGUCGGAGAAUAAGUCAUGAACUUACAAUUAAUGAAGCAGAAAAUUGUGAUUUAAAUUUCCAAAGGAAAAGUGAAGUUAUAGAAGAAAAAUAUAAAAUAAAUUCUGGGAAAGUUUUAAACGAAUAUCGUAAUGAUUCGUUAGAUGUGGAAAGCUCUGAAUAUAACCAGAAUAAAAAUAAAUUGCAAACUAAUAGUACUGAUAAAUGUAUCAUCGAUUCGAAAUCAAAUUUGAUAGCUGAAGUUGAAGAAGGAAAUAGGAUAAGUGAUAAACCCUUCAUAUCAAGAGACCAGAACGGGAAAUUGAAUAAAGAACGGAAGAAACAAUUAAAACAAUAUCAAAGUGAUAGUCAUUUUAAAUGUUCAAAUAAGGAUACCAAUGAUUCGUCAAUAAAACAAUACAAGAAUUUAAGGAACAAUGUCGAAACAACACAAAAUAAAUAUUCAUUGUUUGAAAAUGAAAUUAAAGAAGAAAAUGAAUCUUCCAGAGGUAAACUGGACGUAGUACGAGAUGUAGAGAAAUUAGAAUGGCUUCACUGUACAAGAUAUAAACCUCCCAAAAUACCCAGAAAACCAACAAUUGGUAAAAGUAAAAGAAAGCCAAGCUUCUAUCCUCGAAUACCAUUUUCAAUGUUUCAACUCGAGUAUCUUGAACAAAAAUUUCAAACUUCCGCUUAUUUAAUGAGACAUGACGUUAUGGAAAUGUCUGAUGUGUUAAAAAUUCCGCCUAAUAGGAUAAAGAUCUGGUUUCAAAACCGACGUGCUAAGGAACGCCUUUUCCCUCCCCAGAUGUCCUUUCAUUCGACGGAUAAAUAUAAGGCAAGUUAAACGGUCAUACCACUCUAUGUUUGAGCAGUCGCGCGG